AUGCUCUCUAGCAACCGUGCUCAGCAAGCUCAGCUCUCUGAGAACGCCCUUACGGGGAAGGGUGGUCAUGUCGUGAUGGAGUCUCGGAAGAGGGGAGCGUUCAUGGACAUCAGCAACACGGUUAAUGUGAUGUCUGCUCAAACUGGUAUGGUGACGCGGAGCAAGGCUGCGGCGGCUCGGUUGUCUGCAAGCAAGCUUGAGGACCUUGAUGACACCAUCAUGCAGGGGACCACGCCGGCGAGAUUGGAGCUCCAGCAGUUGGUCGACUGGAAGGACACCAUUCCGCCUGAGGAUCGUCAAGAUCUCAACAACCCUCAGUUCGUGGCGGAAUACGUUAAUUCUAUCUUUGUCAACAUGAACAGCAUUGAACAGAAAUAUCGGCAGUCUUGGAAUUACAUGGGUAGAACUCAGUCCGAUAUCACCGAGAGGAUGCGCGCUGUUCUGAUCGACUGGUUGGUUGAGGUUCAUUGGAAGUUCAAGUUGGUUCCAGAGACGCUCUACUUGACGGUCAAUUUGAUUGAUCGUUAUCUUGAGCAAUGUCCCAAUCUUCCACGUACACGGUUACAGCUAGUUGGUGUGACCUGUUUGUUGAUUGCCUCGAAGUAUGAGGAUAUAUAUGCUCCUGAAAUGAAGGACAUUGUCAGUAUAUGCGACAGAACUUAUCAACGUCAUGAAGUCAUGCAAAUGGAAGUGGACAUCCUUAACGCGCUCGGGUUUUGCCUGACAACACCAUCAGCAAUGUUCUUCCUACUUCGGUACGCCAAGGUCAUGGAGAGUGAUGAGAAACACUUUUUCUUGGCACAGUAUUGUCUAGAACUCGCCCUUCCAGAGUAUAGUAUGCUGAAAUAUUCUGCAAGUCAACUGGCGGCGGGCGCUUUGUAUUUAUCCAACAAACUAAUCAGAAAGCCGGCAGCAUGGCCACCACAUGUGGCUGUGCACUGCCCGAACACUGAGCAAGAGGUGAAAGCUGUGGCGAAGGAAUUAUGUGCAUUACUGCAAGCAACUACCAACGAGGAUCACUCGGGGACGCAGCUCAGGGCUGUGAAGAAGAAGUUCCAACUUUCGAAGUUUCGAAGUGUAUCCCGUAUGGUACUUGGUUGA